CCGCGGGGACGCUGCGGGGCCGGCGCCAGGUGCGGCGGGGCCGCCCCAGGACUACACGUCCCGGCGUGCCCGGCCCCGCGGAGCCGGCGGCGGGGAUGGCGCCUGCGCGGGGCUGCGGGGCCGCUCCGCGGUGCCACACCCCCGGGGGAGGGAGGCAGGAGCGCCCGAGCCCUCAAACCACCGUGGAGCCCGCGGGGCGGAGGAUGGAGUAGCGGGGCGAGGCGCGGGAGCAGAUAGCGCGGGGAGCGGCGCCUCCGCCCGGGGGAGCGCGGAGGAGAAGGGAGGAAGGCAGGGAUCAUGCACGGGGGGAUAACGCGCUAGGGGCAGGAGGCGGGUGGUCGCUCGGAGACUCCGCACCUCGGGAGUGACGUCCUGCUGCAGUGCCGCUGCCUGCCUACGCUGCCCGAGCUCGUCAAUGGAGCUGGAAAACAUCGUUGCUAACACCGUCUUGCUGAAAGCCAGGGAAGGGGGUGGAGGGAAACGCAAAGGCAAAAGCAAAAAGUGGAAGGAAAUCUUGAAAUUCCCUCAUAUUAGCCAGUGUGAAGAUCUCCGAAGAACAAUAGAGAGAGAUUACUGCAGCAUAUGCGAAAAGCAGCCGAUCGGAAGGCUUCUCUUUCGGCAGUUCUGUGAAACUCGACCCGAGCUCGAGUGCUGCAUUAGGUUCCUUGACUUGGUGGCAGAAUAUGAAAUCGCUCCAGAUGAAAAGCUGGGAGAGAAAGGAAAGGAAAUCAUGAUGAAAUACCUCACCCCAGAGUCUCCAGCCUGUGUUCCCGAAGUCAGUCAAGAUCUUAUCCAACAGACGGAGGAGAAACUCAAAAACAGCCCCUGCAAAGAGCUAUUCUCUAACUGUACAAAAUCUGUCCUUGACCACCUCAGUGGAGAACCAUUCCAAGAAUACCUUAACAGCAUGUACUUCGACAGGUUUCUCCAGUGGAAGUGGUUGGAAAGGCAACCAGUAACGAAAAACACGUUUCGGCAGUACAGAGUACUUGGGAAAGGUGGCUUUGGGGAGGUCUGCGCUUGCCAAGUCCGAGCGACAGGGAAGAUGUACGCCUGCAAGAGAUUAGAGAAGAAGAGAAUAAAAAAGCGGAAGGGCGAAUCCAUGGCACUAAAUGAAAAGCAGAUUUUAGAAAAAGUCAAUAGUCAGUUUGUAGUCAAUUUAGCCUAUGCCUAUGAAACAAAGGACGCACUGUGUUUAGUUCUGACUAUAAUGAAUGGAGGUGACCUGAAGUUUCAUAUCUACAACAUGGGAAACCCAGGCUUUGAGGAGGAAAGAGCUUUGUUUUAUGCAGCAGAGAUUCUUUGUGGCUUAGAAGACCUACAUAGAGAAAAUACUGUGUACAGAGAUUUGAAGCCAGAAAAUAUCCUGCUAGAUGAUUAUGGCCAUAUUAGAAUAUCUGACUUGGGUCUAGCUGUUAAAAUCCCUGAGGGUGAAUCAAUCCGUGGAAGAGUAGGAACAGUAGGGUAUAUGGCUCCAGAAGUGUUGAACAACCAGAGAUACACACUCAGCCCUGACUACUGGGGGCUAGGCUGUCUCAUUUAUGAAAUGAUUGCUGGGCAAUCACCAUUUCGUGGAAGGAAAGAGAAGGUGAAGAGGGAAGAAGUGGACAGAAGAGUGCUGGAAACAGAAGAGGUGUACUCCCAUAAGUUUUCUGAGGAGGCCAAGUCCAUCUGUAAAAUGCUCCUCACCAAAGAUGUGAAGCAGCGGCUAGGAUGUCAAGGGGAAGGUGCAACAGAAGUGAAGAGGCACCCCUUUUUCAAGAGCAUGAAUUUCAAGCGGUUAGAAGCAGGAAUGCUGGAUCCUCCCUUUGUCCCUGAUCCCAGAGCAGUAUACUGCAAGGACGUGUUAGACAUCGAGCAGUUCUCCACAGUGAAAGGAGUUAACCUGGACCAAACGGAUGAUGAUUUCUAUUCCAAGUUUUCCACAGGAUCAGUGUCUAUUCCAUGGCAAAAUGAGAUGAUAGAAACAGAGUGCUUCAAAGAACUGAAUGUAUUUGGACCAAAUGGUACUAUUUCACCAGACCUAAACAAAAGCUACCCCCCAGAGCCACCCAAGAAAGGAUUGCUACAGAGAAUAUUUAAACGACAGCAUCAGAACAAUUCAAAGAGUUCUCCAAAUUCAAAGGCCAGUUUAAAUCACCACAUAAAUUCAAAUCACUUCUGUCGAGAUAUUGAAACAGAAUGCAUUGCGUUUCUGUAAAGACAUCUCCAACAGAAGAUGAGAUGACAGUGUGAGUGUUAAAGUAUUCUUUUCUUAUUUAAGAUCUAACUAGUAAUUACAGCAUUCACACAAACACUUCCUCUUUUUUUGUAUUGGAAAUAAAUAGUUAUGAGGAAGGGAACAAAAUAACAUUCAUCGGUUCAAGUUUUUUGGCCAAGCCUGCAAACGAAUCCCUAGGUACCAAUUAAGUGAGAUGCUGUGUGAAGUCACAAAGAUGCAUGUGUGGCAAACGUUGGGUCAACUCACUGCCCAGCUAUGGAUACACAAGAGGGAACCACAUGCCUGGGAGCAACGGGCUCCAAAGGGGAACUCCAGGUUUUCUGGAGAAUCGGCGGUCCUGUAGAGAAGAUUCACUCCCAGAGAAGAAACAUUUCAGGCAGUGGCUGGAUGACAAAUGCGUUUUCCUUUCUCAUCACCCCACACGCAGCUGUUAAAUAUGUUUAUUAGCAAGCUGAAACGAGUUAUUUCAUGCGUAUUGAAUGCGAUCUCCCUUAAUUGCAUUUCUUUUAAACACUGGACACUCUUCUAAAAGACUUAACAUUUUAGCCUUUUGAAGGUGAAAGUUGUAAAAACUUUAUUUUGUGUUUCUGAGCAAUGUAGAUAGACCUAAAGAUUUCAUGAACUAUCAUGUGGUUGCCCAUAUCUGACUAAUAAUUAAAUUGUAAAAUUGCAGUUUCAUAUUAGGGUUAGUCUUUUCACCUGCUUUAAAAAUUAAAAAUCAUAUUUGGUAUAUAAACAGACACAGAAUAUCCUUCUGAUUGAAUUUCAAGAGCAUAUCCAGGACUAAAUGUUUUUAAGCACUUCUAAUACUGUAGUCUAUAAGAGGAGCAGACACUUCUAAAGCAAUGUUAAAAGUUGUCUUUCAUAACUGAGUCAACAGAUCAUUUUUGUAAUAAAUUAAAUCAAGUGUUCUCAAUUAGAAGAGCUAGUGGCUGUUGGUAUUGUACAAAAAAAAAAAAUCAUUCUAGUAUCCAAAGGGUUAGGGGUGGGGAGGGUCUGUUUGGUUUUGUUUCUCUUUCCAGGGAGAUCUUUAACAUUGUUUGAUGAAGCUAGUUUCAUUUUGAGAUUGUUACUGAAGAUAAAGGCUUCUGUGUUCUAUGGCUGCUUGGAUUCUUCGUACAUAAUGUCCUAGUAAUGUCACAGUGCUGCUGUAUCUAGAUCAAACCACUGUUUUGAUUGUUUUUUUGGCUUUGUUUUUUUUUUAAUAAAUUCCUUAAUUUAAA